AUGGAGCGCACGUCUUCCUCCUCGUUGGCUCCUCCAGCAGUUUCCAGUUUCGUGGUUCCAGAGCAGAACUCAGUUUAAUAUCGCCGAAUCGGGGAAAUGUAAAUAAACUCGAAAUACGCAUAGCUCAGCGAAAAAGUGUGCAAAAAAAAGAAAAGAUUAGAAGAUCAAGACCCUGGUGGUAGCCUUUAAUUUUUGUGUUUUUAUUUUGCUUAUUUUUUGUUGUUAAAAAAUACCAACUAAUAGAACUUGUCGAUCAGUUUGCUGCUAAUUAAUUAGCAAACAAAAACACGGUCAAGAAGUGCGGAAAAUAAACUCAAUAAAUAAAGAGUACUAACUACUAGCGAGUGCAGUUUUAAAAAAGCAUUUGCCGUUGUCAUGCCUCAUCAUCAUCAAACGAACAGCCAGACCAACUUGACAUUUCUAAAAUCGAAUUACAAAUUCAAGCGCAGAGGAGGGAUGGCGAUCCGCGGACUUCCUGCCACGUCAGCGGAAGCGCGUACAGCGGCCAACCAAUUAACGCCAGCAAUGUCGCCGCAGACGUCAGCAGUGGCAACAACUAGCCGCAAAUGUAGAACAAUUCUCAGUUUAUUUAUAGUAAACGCAUGGAGCUUUUUGCAAGAAUUGGCCAAUUGCUGGUGUUGCCUGGAUGACGAUCACUGGGCCUCAGCUGCCGUCGCUGCCGUCCCUCAUCGUGACGUCAAUGCGGGCCAACAAAGUCUUCGUCGCAGACGCACGACCAGCAACGCUGACGAGGAGGUGUCAAUGGCACGUGAACACCACCAACAUAAGCGGCAGCAGCAGCACGAACACUUGCCCGGUUCUAGUCCAGUGAAGAGCAUGCGCUGCACGGGAGCGGGAGCUGGACAGCCUUUGAUGGCUCUGUUAAUUGGUCUGCUGCUACUGGAUCUUCUACGCCUGGCGGCGGCUGGCACCUGCUGGCAAACCCAUUUGGGCAGUGGAAAGUGCGGCCAGGUCUUUUCCACCAACAUCACCCGGUCCGAGUGCUGCCGUGCCAGCCAGAGCUUCUCCUUUACGGAUCGCGAGCUGAGCAGCGUGGAGUACUUCUUUGCCACGGCCAUAGGUGGCGGCGUGGAGUGCUCGCCUUGCAUGGAGAGCUGCAAGGGCUUUACAUGUGGGCCAAACAAAAAGUGUGUAAAGCGCAAAGGUCGGCCCAAGUGCGUCUGUGCACCCGAAUGCGGAGCUGCACUGCGUCGCAAGCAGCAGGAGCAGCAGCAACCUGGAAUGCCGCCCCGCGAUUCCCGUAGUCUAAGUAGUGAAAAUUCCAACACCAAUUUAGGUUUAGACGGCGGCAGCCAACGCCAACACAUUGCUGAUAACCAAAGAAAGCUGCAAAAGCAACAUCAAAAUCAAGUGGCAAGUCCCAGUCCGAGUCCCAGCCCCAGUCCGAGUCCCAGGCACCGUCGCCUUUUGAUUAUAGACAGCAGCAAUUUGCCAGAUCGCUCCAGAUCACGCGGAGGCGGAGGCGGAGGCCGGGUGGAGAUGACGGGCUACGAGAGGCGCAGACAGAGGAACAGCCAUGGCAACAACGGCAAACACUUAACAAGAUCAAUGACGACAGGAGCCAAUGACUCGUCCAAAGCAGCAGACAAGACGCCUGCGCAGUCAGUCGCUGUGGCAGUCCCAGUGGAAGCUCUAACUCAGCCUCCGUCUAGACGCUCCUCAGCGAAUGCUAAUGAACCCGCCAACGACAUUAAUAGACAGUCGGAUAAUGCCCGCCUCAGACACCAGCACAGCGGCAGACGCUUGGAGUUGCACGCUCCACAUCCAGACAAUGGGCACAGGGACAGGCGACAGAGGCACAGGCUCCGGCUCCGGCAGCAGCACAAGGAUGCUUAUCCAGAAGCCGAGGCGAAUGCCACCACCAGUACCAGCACCAGCACAGUGGUGUCGAGGUCGAGGUUUCGCCUGCAACACGGAAGUGAAACGGCUGCGUCAUCGGACUUUGCUAAUGCCCAUGACUUGGCCUUUUUGGGCGGCAUCUACGAGCAGCACUCCUCCAGUCAGAAUCUGAAUCUGAAUCUGAAUCCCAAUCCGGUUUGCGGCAACGACGGACGCACCUACAACACCGAGUGCCAGCUGCGCAAGCGCGCCUGCCGCACCAACAACGCCCAACUGGAGGUCGCCUAUCGGGGCCACUGCAAGACUAGCUGCCAUGGAGUCCAGUGCCUGGAUGGUCUAUCCUGUGUGGAGGAUCAGUACAUGAUGCCCCACUGCAUUGCCUGCCAGAUUAAGUGCCCCUGGGAUAACCUGGAUCUGGAUCUAGAUGCAAAUUCCAGUGGCUAUGACGAACGGGAGGCGGUGUGCGGCGUCGAUGGGAAGACAUACAGGAGCGCGUGUGAUAUAAAUCGAAUGAUUUGCCAAAUUGGACGCUCCAUUGCCGUGGCAUAUCCGGGACCCUGUCGAGCGGGCCGCGUGAGCUGUGCGGACAUCAAGUGUGGACCGAAGGACAACUGCCUGGUGGAUCUGCAGACGGGCCUGCCGCGAUGCGUGUCCUGUCGGCACAAGUGUUUGCGCAAGCAGCAGCGACCGGUGCACAAAAUAUGUGGCUAUAAUAACCGCACCUACAACUCCUGGUGCGAGAUGCAGAGGCACUCCUGUGACUCCGGCUACUUUAUUGGAGUAAAGUCCACGGGUAGCUGCUAGAGG